CUCCUUUACAAGUUCAUUUGCAGAUGUUAAGUGACAGAUGUUUAUCUCUCAAAUAACAACGAAUCCAGAAUAAACGACGAUAAAGAAUACAGGUGUUCCAACAAUGGAAUACUGAAUUGCCAAGCGAUUAGGAAACAAUAUGUACGUGAGGGAGAAGAAAUGCCUGAGGAAGCACACAGUUCUGCACAGAGGAUGAGUUGUAUUCAAUGCAGUAUUCAUGAUGGUUUGAGAUGCAUUUAAAGGCAAUGCUACAUUUGGCAACAAAUCCAUAGUCAAAUAACUCAUUUAAAUUAAUUCUUAAUCCGAAAUCAUGGCAGUAAGUGUGACUGACGAUGAAAGAACAACAAGUUAAUUGUCACCAGAUGGAGACACUGGAGAAUGGCGUAUCAUCUGCAUCCCCGUCUUCUGGUCGUAGUCAAAGUAUUUGCUCAGAAAUCGUUCGAAUCGAACAGUUAGCGGCAGAAAGCAGCAAGAGAGAAAAUUCACGUUUUAGUGGAUUUGUAAACAGAGUACGGCAUGCACUCAUUCUAACCGGAAAAUCUAGGAAAAAUGGAGCCAACCAGCCAAGACCUGAUUCGUUUUUAGAGAAAUUUACUUCACAGCCAGCACAAAUAACAGAAGAAGAUUUGGAUGGGAAUUGCUUCAAAAGGUUCGGUAGUGUGCUGGUUCUCGAUCCGGCUGCUCAUGUCUAUUAUCGAUGGUUGUCAAUAAUAUCCGUAGCAGUAUUCUAUAACAUUAUCAUAAUCGUUGGUCGCAGUGUGUUCUGGGAGCUUCAGAAUCUCUGUCCGAGACUUUGGUACUUCAUGGACUACGUUUCUGAUAUUAUUUAUAUGGUGGAUAUUGCUGUUCAUUGUCGAACAGGCUAUUUAGAACAAGGUUUGCUUGUACGGGACCGUUCCAAGCUUGUCAAGAAUUAUACAUCUUCCAUUUCUUUCAAACUGGAUAUCAUCAGUUUACUUCCAACAGACAUAUUGUACGUAGUCAUUGGUACUUCAUGUAAGACAAAGGUGCCUUGUGGAGUUAUUGUGCGCCUUAAUCGGCUCUUCCGGUUUCCCAGAAUGCUCGAAUUUUUCGAUAGGACAGAAACAAGGACCAACUUCCCAUACGCUUUCCGGAUUGCGAAACUCAUCUUCUAUAUCUUGGUGAUCAUUCAUUGGAAUGCAUGUUUCUUCUUCGCCAUGAGUUACGCCAUUGGUUUUGGAACUGACACUUGGGUGUACAAAAAUGUCUCAGAUCCAAAAUACGGAUCUCUGACACAUCAGUACAUUUACAGCUUUUACUGGUCUACGCUUACUUUGACAACGAUUGGAGAAGUUCCCGUUCCAGAACAGGACAUAGAAUAUCUCUUCGUAGUGAUAGACUUUUUAGUUGGAGUUUUGAUCUUCGCCACUAUUGUCGGAAAUGUUGGUAGCAUGAUAACCAAUAUGAAUGCUGCCCGUGUUGAGUUUCAGAGCAAGAUGGAUAACAUAAAACAGUACCUGGAAUUCCGGAAGGUCGGACAAGAUUUAGAAAAUAGAGUUAUCAAGUGGUUCGAGUAUUUAUGGACUAACAAACAAUCGCUUGACGAAAAUGCUGUUACCUCUACGCUUCCAGAUAAACUGAAAGCUGAAAUCGCUAUUCAUGUUCAUCUUGAUACCUUGAAGCAAGUCCGAAUUUUUCAAGACUGUGAACCGGGACUCUUGGUUCAGUUGGUGCUAAGAUUGAGACUUCAAGUUUUUAGCCCUGGCGAUUACAUCUGUCGGAAAGGAGACGUGGGUAAAGAGAUGUAUAUUGUCAAAAGAGGAAGACUGAACGUAGUAGCAGAUGAUGGCAAAACGGUAUUCGUGACGCUUUGUGACGGAAGUGUGUUUGGAGAACUUAGCCUACUGAAUAUUUCAGGGGUGAAAACUGGCAACCGCAGGACAGCGAAUGUCAGAAGUGUUGGAUAUUCCGAUCUCUUUUGCUUGUCCAAAGAGGAUUUGUGGGAGGUACUAGAAGAAUAUCCAGAAGCUCAGAAGCUGCUGAUCGAACGAGGCAAACAGAUUCUCAUAAAAGACGGAUUAUUAGAUGAAGAAGCUAUAAAGGCUGCAGAAGUGGAAGAAGAAGCAGUUAAAGACAGAGUACAGAGAUUAGAAGAAUCUAUUGAAGUUUUGCAGACGAGAUUAGCAAGAUUGUUAGCAGAAUUUGUUGCUUCACAGAAUAACCUCAAACAAAGAAUACAUAGGCUCGAGAAAAGGGGAUCUAUAACUCAAGAAGAUCUUGAAGUUCAAGUUAUUACCGAAUGUAAAGAAGAAUAUUUUUAAACACGAUAAUCACAUUAUCAAAAAAAAAAAAAAAAAGUUCAGCUAAUAAAUAAUUUGGUAACUAAGCUUCACCAAUUUUUUUUUUCCAUCAUUAAAAAGUAAAAUUUGAAAAAUGCAAAAUAGCUAAAAAAACUGAAAUGCUAUAUUUGCUAUAUACUUGCAUAGACUAUCAAUGAGACUUUUAUAGAAUGCACAGAAAAUGAUUAAGUCCAUAAAUUAUUUCCCCAUCAUAUAAUGCUUGUAACACAUGUUUCCUAUAUUAAAUUCUUCCUGCCUUUUGAAGUCAGGAAAUGCACUUCAGAAAUUAUUUUAUUAGUAAUGUUUCUAAGAAAAGGAUAAUUGGGCUUAUGAUCGCAAAUUAGUAUAUAUAUUUAAAUGAUUCAUGCAAUUAAUGUGUGCUUGAAUUAAAUUCUUUAACUCUGUGAAACUAAAUAAACUAUUAUUGAAUAUGC